AUGGGUGGAUGGGUUGUUGAGGGGAGGAAGAAGAGCUUUCUAGCACCUCCGAGGAGCGCUGCUCAUAGUCCGUCACAGUCACAUCCAUCGAGAGACUGGUCGAGCGAAGAUGGGCACGCGAGGGAUCGUACUGCGCACAUCAGAUUUGCUCGAGGACAAGAGGAAGACGAGAGUCUCGAUGAGCACCAAACAUUCGACGUGAGACUUCCGUUCGACACUGACGAAGACCUGUCGGAAACCCCAAGGUCCCUGUAUUCAGCGACAGGUCAUACAUCUGAUAGAGACUUCAUUGAGGAGAAUCGAAUAGCUGCUGUGCAAGCAAGUCGUCGGCCUAGAUCAGCUUCUACGCGCCAGGAGCUCUCAGAACCUCGAGCGCAGCCUGCGUGGAAGGUGAAGCGCAUUAUCUCCAAUAUGUUGAGCAAAUCUGAGGCUUCCAACCUCACUACAAUGGACCUAUCGCACACGAGGAUCGGCAACGAGUCUCUGAAGCUCCUGUGCUCUGCUGCAUUCUCCGGUCGCUUUUCCAGCUUGAAUCUUACUAACUGUGGGCUCUCCGCGCAUUUCCCUCAGAGCUGUUUGGAUUGUUGGGAGGAGAAUGGGAAAGAGUGCAAGGUCGAACAGUGCUUCUUGGGAGUGAAUCCCUCUAUGUCUGUCGCUAUGGAUGUCCUCGCCCAGUGGAUAGGAAACAACUCCUUCCUAAGAGUGUUGGACCUGCAACUGAACAGGAUCGGGGACGAAGGUUGCCGGCACCUGGCUUCUGCGAUCGCUGUCAACCGAGGGAUCGAGGCCAUGAACCUUCAGGGGAACUGCAUCACUAGGUCGGGACUUGCUGCUCUCGUAGAGGCCUUGACGGGUCAAGGAGAUAAGAGCUCACUCAAAGAGAUCUUCUUGGGGUUCAACCCCAUCGGGGACGGUGGGGUCGACGUGUUGUGGGACAUUUUCUGCGGGGUCGCGGAUACCAACUUGGAGACUCUGUGCUUGUGUAAGUGUGACAUCACCGAAAAAGGAGGGUCUCUGAUAGCAGAGGCGGCAGAGUCUGGCGCGUGUCCUCUUACCCGGCUAGACCUUAGCUACAACGCGGUUUCUGAGUCAGUGUCGGCUAGACUGAGGAAGAGAAAGCUCCUCUGGAUCAACUUGGCGAGUGGAAUUGAGUUUGGUGGCCCCGCCGAGGUUAGCGAUAAAGAUGUCGAGGACUUCCAUGUGGGCAGAAAGGCAGGAUCUGCAUUGCAAGAGCAAGUGGAGGAGGCUAGGAAGGUGGGGAAGGCUGCUAGUGACAGUGGAGGUGGAGGUAUGAAUGCUUCUUCAGGUGUCUCUCGGGACAUUCGCUGCUCAGAAGCAUGUUCAAACAUGGAGGAAGAUGCCUCCGCGGUCACUCUCGGACCUCUCUACGGUGGCUCCUUGGCUCCUGCCAACGCUCUACGCAAGGAGAUCAAACACUUUCCGAGGGAUCAUUACCUUCAUGGCCCUUUGAGUGUUGGACGAGACGCCCACAACCAGCUGUUGGGGCCCAAGAAGGGAGCGAUCAAGUUCGGAGAGGGCCUGGACUUCCUCAAGGACAACAUGGAUCGUGGAACGCUCUACGGGUGGAUAGGAGGAGAGUUCGAGGGCUUGAGGCCAGUGGCACAGGACGUGGGGCAUGGGAAGGGUUUGAACAAGAACAAUCGCAGAGGGCUCAGAGGAGCGCCCGUGAACACGUGGCUGGGGAAGGGAGUCUGA